CUUUCCAACACACUAUUGCAACAUAUAAAUCUCACCACUUAACGUACAAUAAAAGCGCAGUUUCCACGUGCGGAAGUGUCGGGCAAUGUCGGGGAGAAGGCAGCUGAACACAGCCCAGAUCAGUCAGGUGAUAGACGAGACUAUCUGGAAGGAGAAGAUUGCGCACGAGAAGAAGGCUAGGGAGUAUUGGGAUAAUAUCUACCGGUCUGAUAUUAUGAAGGAGCACGCCCUACCGGUACACACACCUAGAGACGGUAAAGUGUUGCAACCGAUAUCCUACUUCGACACGAAGGUGCGGCUGAUCACCAGCAGGGAAAUAGGCUCCAGACAGCAGACCCCUCAGAUAUACCGCCUCCAGAGUAGUCAUGGUAACAGGCUACUUAAGUCUGACCUGCUCUGCUCUGAUUAGUUACAGAGUAGUCAUGGUAACAGGCUACUUAAGUCUGACCUGCUCUGCUCUGAUUAAUUACGGGCUUGCUGUUCUGGAUACUGUCGGGGAGGAAACUGGAAACGUGGUUUUGGAUUUCGAUUGUUAUAUUAUGUUGUGUAACCAUGGGUAACCACAUGGCGGUAACCAGGUAACCAGAUUGGGAGUUGUUAUGUGUAUCACCUACCUAUACUUGUUCUUAUUUAUUAUGGGAUAUUUGACCAAAACCCAUAAUCAUGGGUAGAGUGGACCGCAUUUGCGGACGGUCAUUCAAAUUAAUAUCAUUUCCUUUUGUUUUGGAAAGAGAGACACUAGCAGCGGUCCACUCUACCCAUGAUUAUGGGUUUUGGUCAAAUAUCAUCUCUUUUUGAUUAUAAUGUCUGGGUCCUUUACACCUACAUAUACCUACUUGUU